GUGGAAGCAAAGAUACUAGAACGAGAUGUUGCUUUCAUUUGAUUUAUUAAUGAGAAAAUUUGUCACGCUGGAAGUCACAGGUUUCCCACAGUAAACCUUUUCGCCCAGAAAACAGGUUGUUAGAAUGCGUAUAGACAUUUUCUGAAUGUCCAAUCGGAAGAACGGCAAUUGAAUUCCCCUGACACCUUUCCCCUGUGAAAAUAGAAUCGCACGCUGUCAGCUCUAGCUGAAGCGCAAAAGGAUUGCUUCGGUAUGGAAACACGCCCAUAAGUUAUCCAAAAGCCUCAUUCUCUCAUCCACCAUCCAAGCUCCGUUCAAUGCCUAACGCUUCAGAGACUGAAGGAGCGAACGUAUCUGCAGGGGACGACCUUGCUGGCGACACCACACAGCCCCCCAGCAGAGAUGUUGAGCAUCACCCAUUGAGUUCUCGCACACGCAACACCCAGCAGGUCUCCAGCGUAGAGGUUCGAGGCCCACUGACCUGCCCUGUUACUCACUCAAGGGAGAAGUUCUAUACAAUCUGCUCUGACUACGCCCUGCUGAGCAAGGCUGCCUCAGUGUACCGUCUGCCCAGUGCUUCCCGGAACGGGCCUUCCAUCCCCAGGGACGGUGACCCCUCCUCCCACACAGCCGGUCACUCCCAAGCCUCGGGUGGCUGUCCUAAAUGUUUUGAUGAGGACGGAGACAGGAAGAUAUUGUCCUCAGGCCCCUCGAAACCCUUGCUGGCCUGGGAGAUCGACACAACUGAUUUUGAUGCAUUUCUAAGAAAGAAGUCCAAGAUGAGCAAGGUUGUAAAACACAGCUCCAAGAAGGUGAAGUCCUCAGACAGACACAGCAGGAAUCUGAAAGACAUUCCUCUGCAGGUCACCCUGGAAGAGAUAAGGCAACGGAAGGUCCUGGACCUGAGGAGAUGGUAUUGCAUCAGCCGUCCUCAGUAUAAGACUUCCUGUGGAAUCUCCUCUUUGGUCUCCUGCUGGAACUUUCUGUACAGUACUCUUGGUGCAGGGAGUCUUCCACCCAUCUCCCAGGAGGAGGCCCUGCAUAUCCUGGGGUUCCAGCCUCCAUUUGAGGAGAUCAAGUUUGGCCCCUUCACAGGCAACACCACCCUGAUGCGGUGGUUCAGACAAAUCAAUGACCAUUUCCGUGUCCGUGGAUGUUCUUACUUUUUGUAUAAACCCCAUGGGAAACACAAGACAGCUGGAGAGACAUCUGAGGGGGCUUUGAUGAAGAUCACCGAGGGGUUGAAGGAUGAGUCCAUAGCAUAUAUCUACCAUUGCCAGAACCAUUACUGCUGCCCUCUGGGCUUUGAGGCCACACCCCUGAAAGCAGCUAAGGCCUACAGGGGUGCUCUUCCAGGUAAUGAAAUGGAAUACUGGAUCCUUAUUGGGGAGCCAAGUAGGAAACACCCAGCCAUUCACUGUAAAAAGUGGGUGGACAUUGUGACAGACCUCAACACACAGAAUCCAGAAUACCUGGACAUUCGCCACACAGAGAGGGGAAUUCAGUGCAGAAAAACUAAGAAGGUGGGGGGGAAUCUCCACUGCAUCAUGGCAUUUCAGAGGGUGAACUGGCAGAAGCUGGGGCCCUGGAUUCUGAACUCAGAGAAUCUGUGGAAAGACAUCCAUCGACAGGGGACGGAGCGGGCAGCGAGGGGGGCUACAGAUGGCCAGGAAGAGAAGUCAUCUUCCAAGCACCCUCAUGGCCAGGGUCAGUCCUUAAGCAGGGACUGCCUGAGAGAGAGCCCCUGCAGGCAUUUGUCCAACACCUAUGAUGUUGGACCUGGGGCAUCUGCUGAGAGUGAGAUGGACGAGGAAGCUGCUGACUGACACCUAAUGAAGGGGCUGCUGGGAAAUCCUGUAUUGGAGGGAAGCCUGUGGGUUUGUUUUUUGUUGUUCUCAACCAAAAAAUGGCAGCUGUACCCAAAUGUAUGUAUCUGAUGCAUUUGGUGUUAUUCUGCUGUUAUCACUUACACAGUUCUGUCAUAUAAAAAUGACAGAUGUGCAUGAAGCGCAUAAGAGGGGCUUGAAUAGAUGGAUUCAUUUCAGUAUGCCAUCAAUCAUUGAUUUGAAGGUGUGGAUCUUAGUGGUUUAUGAACUUGUGUUUAGCAAGGUAAAAACAUCUGUCACUCAUGGUAGUUCUCUACUUUUUCCUUAACGAAUUAUGUUGCUUGCACACUCGUCACACAAACACUUUUAUUUUAG